AUGUUUAUUAUUUAUAAUUCUCGUAAUCUAUAAAUAGUUUAUUGAAACUUGCGCAGUAUUUUUUAUGCAUUUAAAAUCUUUAUUAUUAUCACGGCGCACACGCUAUUCUUAAUUUUCUUCUCGGCGCCGUCCUAUGCCGGGAACUUCGUAUCGCUACUACAUAAAUGAAGUCUACAUUUCUGACGCCGCCGAUGUCACCUGCGGUCGCAAUUGAUCUCACCACUAACAAUUCAGUUCAUUUCAACACUGGUCUCCUUCCACUGCAUCUGUCGUCCGCGUCUGUGCCUGUUGAUCCUUCGAUCGAUCAAACGAGAUAUCGGACAUCUGUGCUUGAAACGCAGAAUUUCAACUGCAGGUCGCAAACCUACAAAGCCUACAAAUGCCCCAUUUGCAGAAAGGGCAUGUCCAGCCAAUACGCCCUGGUUCGCCAUCGCAAAACUGUCUGCGGUAAAAUCCGCAACAUCACCGGCGAAUUUAAGUGUCAUUCUUGUAACAAGAAGUACGAUUCUAAAGGAAGCUUGUCCCGUCAUAAAAAAUACGAAUGUGAUGUACCACCCCAGUUUUCCUGCAUCUUCUGUAACGGCAGUUUCACCCAAAAAUGCAGCCUGAGCAGGCAUCUGAAAACACAACAUGAGGAAGAUAAAAUUACCAACGAUACCGUUGAUGGAUUUAAAGUACCAGCGAUACCAAGCAACAAUCUGCGUAAGCGCGAUCGAAGAAAGCAGUGUAUCCCGAGCAUCGGAAAUAAUGCUUCUACAUUUAUUCUUGCCAAAAAAUCCACAAAUCGAGAAGAAGAAGAACGUGAGACGAUCAAUUGUGAUAAAUAAUCAGAGACAAAAUGAUCAUCAGUAGUUGCUGUCUUUUUUUUUAUGAAGAACAAAUCUCAAGAGAAAUGAAAGUGAAAGAUCAAUCAUCGUUUAAAAAAUAUAUUGGACAAACGAGAUCGAAUAAAAAAGGCGUUACUUUAAAAUAAGCAAAAGUUCCUUGAGAGAAAAAAGAACAAAAUAAGCUUUAAAAUCGAUUAGGAAUUGAAUUUUUUCACUAUUUAGGAAGAAAAAGUGAUUUCUCCAAACAGUUUUGGAAUACGAAGAGGUUCCUCAUGAAGAAAGGUUUAUUGUAUUAAGCGUCCCAUGUCAUUACUAACCAGAGGAUUUUCUCUUCAAAUUAUCCCGUUCGGAUAAUCUCGAGCGUGUUAGUUUUUAAGAAAAGUCGAUAAGACUAGCUUUCAAACUUCUAAGAAUAUCUUUUUGUUCGGAACAAGAGUUCAGACUUAAUUUA